AUGUUAUUACCGGGCCCGGCGGACAUAAGAGGGGGCCAGGGGUGGAGGAGGGGACGUUUUGCGCUUCCGGUUCUGUCGGCAGAAUCGUCAUACGCGGCGGCGUUUCCUAUUGCGCGCAACGCCGUAAUACUGCGGUUAGGGACGCUGGUGACGAUUUUUGGGGGCUGGCUGUUCGUCUUGUAUCAGAUGGGACACAACCUGCCGGAUUAUGAGGAGGAGAUUCAUUUACCGAAGAAUUUCGACGAUGUGAAGAGUCAGUCGGUUAUAUUACAAAACUACUCCAACGCACAUUUCGUUCCUGUUCUGACGCUCUUCACGGCGGUGUAUAUAUUCAAGCAAACAUUCUCGAUACCAGGGUCCGCUCUGAUGAAUAUCUUAGGAGGUCUUCUUUACGGAUUUUGGGCCUUUGUUUUCGUCUCCUUAUUCACCGCUAUCGGCUCCACACUGUGCUACCUGAUCUCCGAAAUCGUUGUGGGCGAAAUGGUUGUGGAACGAUUCGCCCGGUCGAAGCUGGGAUACCUGCGGCGGCGGGUGGAGAUAAAUCGAGAAUCAGGCAAUCUAUUCUACUACUUGCUCUUUCUGAGGCUUUUCCCAUUCUCUCCUAAUUGGUUCCUGAACAUCGCCUCGCCCUUCGUCGGCGUACCAGUCCUACCAUUCUUUCUCUCCAUCUUCUUUGGCCUGAUGCCCUACAACUACAUCUGCGUGCAGGCUGCCGCAACAUUGGCGCAGCUCGACUCAUUCGCGGACAUCCUGUCGGCGGAGGUGCUAUUGAAAUUGUUAAGCAUGUCGGUACUCGCGCUGAUUCCGGCGCUGUAUGGACAGAAGAUUGCUGCGUGGAUCCGGGGCAGGGUCCAAGAGGAGGAGGUCAAGGAGGGACAGGCUUGA